AUGUGGUUAGCAAUUAAAAAUGCAAUAAAAAAAGCCCGAAACCCCUCCUUGCCAGUCGCUAUCCUGAGCGCCGCCGCCGCCCGCCGCAGCGUCCUCCACCCAGCGCCGGCGUCUGCUGGCACCUUGGUGGGGAGCAGCUGUCGAUGAGGAGUUGCUCUUCUUCUUCAUCUCUCCGUGGGAUUUCCAGAGCGGCGUGGAGGUGCGCGGGGGCCGGGUCUCCGAGUCUGACCGGCGGCCACCACUACCACAGCCAGCGGUACCUUCCCCUCAGGCCAGGUCCUCCCGCGCCGCCCAUUGCACUUGGCCUUGUUCAGCGCUUCUUCUUUUCCUCAUCCUCAUCCUCAUCCUCAUCCAAGCGCCCCGCCAAGAGAUCCGCGGCAAAGAAGGCCGCCCUGAUGGACGCUGCCGGUGGCGACCCGUUCUAUGUCGUCCGGAAGGGGGACGUUAUCGGCAUCUACAAGAACCUCGCCGACUGCCAAGCUCAAGUCAGCAAUUCGGUUUGCGAUCCUCCUGUCACUGUGUACAAAGGCUACUCUCUGCGUAAAGAAACCGAGGAGCAUCUCGCUGCACGGGGGUUAAAGCAUGCUAUGUAUUCCAUCAAUUCAGCAGAUGCAAGAGAUGAAUUGUUUGAUGAUCUGGUGCCCUGCCCUUUCCAGCAACCUGAUGGGACUGCAUCCUCUACUUUGAAAAGGCCACAGGAGAUGGAAACCGGACCAUCAAAGAAGCAUCCCAAAGUUGCUGAACAAGAACCAUUACCUGAUAAUCAUCUGUCUUGCAUUCUUGAAUUUGAUGGUGCUUGUAAAGGAAACCCUGGGAAGUCAGGUGCUGGUGUAGUAGUAAGGCGGCCAGAUGGAUCUGUCAUUGCUCACUUACGUGAGGGUUUGGGUAUUGCAACGAAUAACGCUGCUGAAUACCGCGCAUUGCUCCUGGGGCUGAGAUAUGCUGCCAAGAAGGGAUUCAAGUAUAUUCGUGCUCAGGGCGAUUCUAAGCUUGUCUGUUACCAGGUCCAAGAUCUCUGGCGUGUUAAGAAUGAUAAUAUGGCUGACUUGUGCAAGAAAGUUAAAGAGCUGAAGGGACAGUUUCUUUCAUUUCAACUCAACCAUGUUUUGAGGGAAUUUAACGCGGACGCGGAUGCCCAAGCUAACUUUGCUGUUGAACUUCCUGUUGGUGAAAUUCAAGAGCAGUCAAACUUCCCCUGCUAGCUAGUUGAAAGUAGUCCAUGUUUUAUUUGGUGCGACGGAAGCUUACUAUGUACUCCAUUUGACAGAAAGAUGCGAGAGCGAGAGCGUUGUUUAUAGACGAUGAGACGGCCAGCGUGUGAUUUGCAGUGGACGUGCAUGGUGGUGGGCCUGGAAUCGGGAUUAAAGCGCGAGAAGCUGAGGGAACUGUUGAGUUGAUUGUGCGGAUGAGUAGCCUGGCAGUCACUUGGUGAUGAUACUCUUUUGCUUAUGUUGAAUGGUAACUCCAGUAGAAGAUAGUACUACUCCAUUGUGUUUAGCUGGAAAUUAAUUAAGGGGAAAUAUGACGUAUGAUUUAUGUGCUUAAUACUGCCUUAAUUUAGGCCGAUGAUUCUGUUGUGAGCUGCGGAAACAGUUUGAUGCAAGUAGUUUCUCGAAAAGAGAAUACUGGAGUAGCACUAUUUGGCAGUUGACAGCAGUUAAAGUAGGUGAAGGAAGAGUGAGCCUGGCUUGUUUACGUACUGGCAAUAUUAUUGUUUUCUCUCUUUCUCGCUCUGAAGAAGCAUUGAGGGAGAUAUUA